AAAUUAUGAGAAUUCAUCAAUCAUUACGUCAACAAAUAUUAUUGAAAGUUGGUGAUUUUGUGAAAGAAACAAAAAUCGUCUCUCAAAAGGAUCUCGAUAAAUUUGCAGCUAUAACUGGAGAUUUCAAUCCAAUUCAUAACUCUGAUAAAUCGAUUGUUCAUGGUGCUUUUCUGAAUGGUCUUACAGCAGGAAUCAUUGGAACUAAACUGCCUGGACCAGGAACAAUUCUUUUAUCACAAAAUCUAAAAUUUCCAUCAAAAUGUUAUGUUAAUGACCCAAUUGAGAUUACAGUUGAACUUAUGGAAGUAAGAAAAAUCAUAAAAGCUAAGUACAAAUGUGAACAAAAUGGCAUAGUCGUUUUUCUAGGAGAAGCAAAUUUAAUCAUGGAUAAAGAAGCAAAUAAAUAA